UUAUUUUCCUUCCUCUCCCUCCUCGUAUUUGACAAUUGACAAGACAUGGUUUCCCAACACAGUUCGCGAUUGGUUUAAUUACUCCACACCCAUUUUUUCUACUACCUAAUUGCCAUCAAACAAACUUGAACACCCAUUUCCACACACACAGUUUCAACCACUCUCUCUCUGUCAUGGCUCUCUUCUCUGCAAAAUCUCUGACCUUCCUAGUGCUACUAAUAUCCAUUCCCGUCGGCAUAAUCAUCUCUUUAGAGCGAGCUCAACCCGCCACUCAUGUCUAUCACUACCACAGCACUGGCUUUUUCAGAGAAUGCGCCAAGUGGGAUUCCGACAACAACCGUUUCAUAGUCUCGUACUUCGAAGGAGGUGUCGGUCAGAUUCCGGUGGUGCCGGCCGGAGGAGAAGCUGUGUUGGAGGAAGUGACGGUGGUUAGAGAACCGGAGUUAGCCGGUAACGCGUCGUUGGGGAUGGUGAUUGACCGGUCAAGGAACCGGAUUCUGGUGGUGAACGCCGACGUUUUGGGAAAUAGAUACGGCGCUCUCGCCGCUUAUGAUCUCUCUACUUGGAACCGUCUUUUUCUUACCCCACUCACCCGUACCGGUGAUGAGAAGUCCUUUGCUGACGAUGUUGCAGUAGAUGCAGAAGGCAAUGCCUAUGUCACUGAUGUAAAAGGCAGUAAAAUAUGGAAAGUUGGGGUGGAUGGAGAGCUUCUAUCCAUCAUUAGAAACCCACUUUUCACCCCAAAAGAGUGGUACAAGACCUUUUUUGGGCUAAACGGCAUCGUUUACCACCCAGAUGGGUUUUUGAUAGUGAUCCACACUUUCAGCGGCAAUUUGUUCAAGAUUGAUUUAGCCAAAGGAGAGGAAGUGAAGAUAAUAAAGGUAGAAGGAGGGCCUCUUUAUUUUGGUGAUGGUUUAGAACUGUUGUCUCCUAAUAAGCUUGUAGUUGCUGGGAGCCCUUCAGGGAGAUUAGUGGAGAGUGCAGAUGGGUGGGACACAGCUUCUGUUGUGGCAACAUUCUCAGGGCCUAAGCACCGUUUGGCCACAGCAGCAACUGUGAAAGAUGGCAAGGUGUACUUGAACCACAUGCUUGGAAUGGGAUACCCCAAAAAGAAGCAUGCUAUUGUUGAGGCUGUUUUCUAAUUGAUACUUUGCAGAAAUCUGAACUGCGUUUGAUUGAAAUCUGUUGUAACCUUCUCUUUAAUUUCGGUCUUGUAGCAUGAUCUUGAUACUUUCCUCAAAUAUAAGCUGCAUUUGUCUGGA